AGAGCAGACACAAGGAUCGGUGGGUGGACAAGCUUCUGCGCUGCCCCCAUGGCUUUUGGCAGAACGGUGGGGCUGGCAGGCGGCUCCGCACAUCUGGCUUCUGCUCUCACAUGCGCCCUUUUGGGCUCUCACCCAUCAUGGGACCCUUUGAAAUCUCUCUCUGCUCCCCGCACCUCCCCGGCCCCCAGCCACAGGGCAAACGGGCACACUGCCCAUGUCUUGGGUCCUGCCGUGUGAGCUCCGCGACAGCCACCAGCCCUCAUCACUCCUAGCAAGGCCGCAGCUCUCCACCGCCAGGACCGCAGAGGAUGCACCUGUUCCCGCUCUGAGGAGGGGAGCUGGUCAUCGGACACCUUGGGGGGCACUUCUGGCUACCCCUAAGCUUCGCAGCCGUGUUGAGCGGGAAGGGUGAGCUCAGGUCUGUGCUGGACCCUCGUUCCACUUCCUCACAGGAAAACCAGACACUGUGAGCUGAGGGUCCACCCUGUGCCAGGGGGUCUUACCUGGUCCCCACCCUGCCAUCUGAUGGACAAAGAAGUCUGUGUGAUAAAUGGGGCUGGGCCUGGGGCCUGGGGGCUGGGCAGGUCCUAGCCUGGCUCCUCCACUGAGUCAGCGGCCAGGUGAGUCAGAGCUGGCGGGAGCAGCCCAUAUAAGAGGGCAGCCUGGUACCUGCGAGCCAGCCUCGACCCAGGAAACCAUGCGGCUGCUCCCUGGGCUCUUGCUGGCCGCUGCCUUGAGCCUGGAGCUGGCGCAAGGCUUGAACUGUCACCAGUGCAAGGGCUUUGGAGGGUGCACCCAUGCGUCCAGAUGCCCAUGGGGCUCCAACUACUGUGUCAGCAUCGCCACCCGAGUCCCCUUCAGCGUCGCUGACCUGCCUCUGGUGACCAAAUCGUGCUACAGUGGCUGCCCGGACAUCUCUACCCUUGGCCUUGGCCCCCACGUGUCCAUCGUCUGCUGCCAGUUCAGCCUCUGCAACACGGACUGACCGCCCCU